GGUACUCAUUUUGGGCGGACCGUUUAACCCUCUGUUUGUCUUUCAUGUAUUUUGGGAAUUAUUUUGUAAUUACAUCGCUGAAUUAUGUUAUACUUAUUUUUCUUUCCCUCUGGAUAUCCGUGUUUAGCAACUACUUUGACAUUCCGGUCGUAGAAAACUUCAAAUAUUCUGAUAAUCAUUCAGAAUUAUUUGAUGAGUCGACUGGUUUUUCUUAUGAUCCCAUGAGUCCUUUGGUUAAAUGCUCUUAUCUUCCUCGUCAUUCCAUUUGGUGUGAACCUCCAUUAGGUGGGUACCUUGUUAACUGUAAUAUCUGUUAGAUUUAAGAAGUAACAAGUCUCAAUACGAUGAAUUGAAAUAUGGAUGUUUAAAAUGGGGCGGAAAAGCGACAGAUUCGGUUAUGCUCACAUCACUUGUAUGUCAUGCUUUGGACAAUAUUGAGUGCUAUGGGAAUCGUACUUUUUUGUUACCCGAUUAUCCCUGUCUUCAUUACAAAGGACAUUACUUUGUAACAACAUUCAUAUACAGCUUACUACUAGGAUUUUUUGGUGUUGACCGACUCUGUCUGGGUCAUACAGGUACAGGCCUCGGUAAACUCCUAACAUUGGGUGGGGCCGGUAUUUGGUGGAUAGUGGAUAUCGUCCUUCUCAUUCGUGGUGAUUUGGGUCCAGCUGAUGGGAGUUCCUGGAUGCCAUUUUACUAGAGUUAUGUAAAAUUGUUCAUUAAAAACUUAAUUCCUAUUGUCUUGCUUUGUUUUUAAGGUAUUGGCUGGUUUAAAAAUCACAGCAUUAAUUUGAAUGUCAGGAAGUGAUUUUCGUCUGCUUGAUGAUGACACUCAGUUCAUGGACAAGUAUCCUAAUGGGCUUUCUUUAGUUGAUUUGCUGCCAUUUUACGACUCCAUCGCUAAAAAUGAACCGCUUAAAUUAGAAUGGGUUUGUCCAGGAAAGAUUGAUCCUAACGUUCAGAGGGAAACAACCAAAAUUCGUACUGAAACAAAUGAUAAUCCUGCCCCGAAGGUUUCAGAAUCCUUAACUAGUAUUGUAAAGUUAAAGGAGUUCGACUUCGAUGAGUCUCCAAACCAACCUUCUAUUCCUUCAGUUCCACUUGGUGCUGCUGCUCAAAAUGCAAACUUGCCACUUAGACGUCUAGCAGGCACUUCCAGACAUCCACCUCGUCAACCGCGUGUAGCUAGUAUGGAUAAAAUAUUAAAUGACUUUUUCAAAACGCGCAAAGAGCCUUCUUCCCCUGCAGUUGUGACUGAAAUAUCCACUUCAUCUAUUGCUCCAAGUACUGUACAUUGUAUUCCUUCGUCUGAAAUUCCCCAGGUAACUAGUAUUCCCACUGAGACAAACAACAGCAACAAUAAUAACUCCGAACAGGAUAAACAAGAAGCCCUUGCUACUGAACUAGCUAAAACUUCAGUGUCACAAGUUUAUAAUCAUCCAGAUAAUAUACCAGAUUUCACACCACACGACAAUUCUAAUGUACGAAUUACCUCAAUUGAUCAGGAGACAACUGUUUCUGUUGUAAACAUUUGUGAUGAAAAAAUAAUGGAAUGUCAUAAAUUAGAAGGUACAGAUCUUUAUAUUAAUAACAAUAAUUCUUCCGAUUACUCUGCCAUGAAUGUUUCAGACAUCCCAUUCACCUCUAAUACUGUAAAUAAUCUGUCCCAAAGUGAGAAUCAGGCGCCACAUUAAGGUUACUUAAUGGGUGUGGUGUAAAUUCCAGUUAAUAGAAUAUAUUUCCAAACUCUACUAACUAAACAAUCGCAUUUUUGUGAAAUAUUUAUUCAGCGAAAAUACGAAUGCGUAACUGUACAUAGAAUUCUUGUACACAGGAUACAUUUUAUGUGAUUGUUUUUCUGUUAUUUAAAUAAAUAAUCGACAGGUAUUCAC